GUCCCAAGCAUGAUGGUGAAAAAACAUGGCGGAGGAUGAAGAAGAAGACCCGGUCGUGGCGGAGGUGGACGUUUAUUUGGCCCAGACUUUGGCCAACAAGCUCUACUUGUUUCAGUACCCGGUACGUCCUGGUGAUAUACCUUAUGACAAUAUACCUCAUAUUGGAGCAAGAAUUAAGCCAGAGCAGCAGAAGGUUGAACUUGAGUUAUCAAUAAACACAAAUAGUGCAAACUAUUAUGCACCUAGAGGAGAGCAGAUUGCUCAUGAUGUGGAUGGUUCCACCCCAUCAUCUGCUUCAGAACAAAAAGAUACAUUUUUUACCAGUGACAAGAUGGAUAAGCAGGUCCUUACUUCAUCUCGAGCCUCAGAGGAUGUGGGCCGCUAUUCUGUUGGCAUUCUAAGAGAAGGAGAGCUUCACCUUACGCCCAUACAUGGUAUACUUCAACUCAGGCCAAGCUUCGAAUAUCUGAACAAGGGCGAGGCAAAUAUGCGUCAGGCCUCCAACCUCACAGAAGAAGGAGAUUCCCAAGAUGAGGAAGAAGAGGCCAAACCAUUAACUGUUAAAUUUGCACGGCCUGAAACAGAACGGGCUAAGGCUCAGCGUCUAUCAUCAUUCAAAUACCUGGAAAAGAAAAAGGCAGAAGAGCUGUGGAAAACUGUGGAGUUCUUCAAUCCACAGGAUGACAUUGCUGCUGCGGAACAUAGUUUGCUAUAUUGCCAAGAAAUGGAGAGUGAAUCCCCAGAGUUCAGAGUCACUCCAAGGGAUUACUUGAAGUUACUGACUCCUUCAGCCUCUCAGGAGGAAAGCUCCAAGCCUCCAGUACCUAGCAAUGUGCUGUCUAUGACACAACUGAAGACAAUGGACUUGCCAGAUCAGGUCAAGGCUCUGCUUAUUAAUGCUAAAGUGAUCAGUUUCUCACAGUUGUGUAGACUGCUCUCGCCUGGAGCAAAAGAAGCCUCAGUAUUGAAAUGUGUCCAGCAGUAUGCUGUUUUAGUGCAGGGCUGUUGGGUGGUAAAGAGUGAGUUACUGUACCCAGAAGGAAGCAUCAGUCCUAACAGUGGAAUUGCUGCUGAUAUUUUAUGUAAAGGAAGAGAUUAUUUAAUGUGGAGAUUUAACCAGAGCAGAGUGGUUGUACGAAAAGACAUUAAAUCAGUUACAAAGCUACCAAGUGAAGACAUCAAGGAAAUGCUAGAUCAGAUGUCACGCAUGAAAGUACAAAUGGGUUGGGAGUUUGUCUUGCCAUAUGGUCUGGAGUUUAUUCAAAAGUAAGUGGACCAAUCCUUUGUUUCACUUUGGUUCAAAUUAAUUUGCAUUGUCAAAUUUUUUUGAACCCAACCAGUGAGCUACUAAAUAUUAUAGACAAAUUGUUAUUAUCAAUUUUAACAAUUAUUCCACAGGCGCACAUUGAAUAUGAGAUAAUAGAUAGCUAAUGAGGCACAUAACGCCGCGUUGGCAAUAAUAAUCUUAUAUCCAAUGAGGAUGAGUGGAAUAAACGCUCUCAAAAGAAAACUUAACUAAAAUAA